AUGGAGGAGGAGGCUGCGAAGAAGAGCUCGAAGAUGCCACGGGCUCCCCAGGCAGGUGAGGAGGAAGUCAGUGCCCCUUUGACCCUGUCUUGUGGUGCAUCUGUUGAGCAGCCUCCCAGCAGGGAGAAGCCCUUCAGGUGCUUGGAAUGUGGGAAGAGCUUCAGGGACAGCACCGACCUGAUCCGACACCAGCGCAUUCACACUGGGGAACGGCCCUACACGUGUAGGGAAUGUGGGAAGAGCUUCAGGCAGAGCUCUGCCCUGAUCAAACACCAACUCAUCCACACUGGGGAGAGGGCCUACAAGUGCUUGGAAUGUGGGAAGAGGUUUCAGACCAGCUCCAAUCUCCUCCUGCAUGAGCGGACACACACAGAUGAGAGGCCCUUCCGCUGCACCGACUGCGGGAAGAGCUUCAACCAGAACAGCAACCUCAUCACCCACCGGCGCAUCCACACUGGGGAGAGACCCUACAAGUGUGGGGAGUGUGGGAAGAGCUUCACCCACAGCUCUACCUUGACCAAACACCAACGGACCCACCAGUAACAAGUGCCCCGACUGCAGGAAGAGCUUUGGCUGCUGCUCCCACCCCGAAUGACCCCCCUGAUGGUGAGGCAACCCCUGGAGUCCAGUGACUGUCAGUCCAUCCCUUUCCAGUCCCCUUUGCCAGGGGCAGGUUGUGCCAACAGAACCCUUCUUGGGGGGUGUGUGGAGAUUCCUGCCUUGACUGGGACCCCCCCAAGGUCACUGUUGGAGGUUGAGAGCAGAGAUCUCCCCACGAGCGUUGGUCUGGGGGAGUUCCAUCCCUGUCUAAUUCAUAAUUCUUGUUUUGG